AGGCCCUCAAGUCCGGCCGAAUUAAAUUGGGUUCAUGACACCUUCCUUCUUAUCUCAUCUCGUUCUUUCUUUACAGCAGUUCACGCUCUGUCAACAAUCCAUUCUCUCUCUUUUCAGCUGCUCCCUCCCAUCCUCUUACUGAGAAGAAACACUAAUCUGAAAGAUGGAAGAUCAUGAGGAAGGAAACCAAGUCGUAAUUCCAAGGGUGAAACUGGGCAAUCAAGGCUUUGAGGUCUCAAAGUUGGGAUUUGGAUGUAUGACCCUGAGUGGAAUGUACAAUUCUCCUCUUUCUGAUGAUGAUGGAAUCUCUGUAAUACAGCAUGCUUUCAGUAAGGGAAUCACUUUCUUUGAUACAUCUGACAUCUAUGGGCCCCAUACUAACGAAAUUCUGUUUGGGAAGGCCUUGAAGCAGUUGCCAAGAGAGAAAAUUCAAAUAGCCACCAAAUUUGGGGUCCAAGUAUUGAACUUUCCUCAUAUGAUAGUGAGCGGUACCCCCGAGUAUGUUCGCUCAUGCUGUGAGGCUAGCUUGAAGCGUCUUGAUGUGGAAUACAUUGAUCUGUACUAUCAGCAUCGAGUGGACACUAAAACACCUAUAGAAGAAACUAUAGGUGAACUUAAGAAACUGGUACAAGAGGGAAAAGUCAAGUAUAUUGGUCUAUCUGAAGCCAGCCUAGACACAAUAAGGAGAGCACAUGCCAUCCAUCCCAUCACAGCUGUGCAAAUGGAGUGGUCGAUCUGGACUCGUGAUAUUGAGGGAGAGAUAAUACCACUUUGCAGGGAACUUGGAAUUGGAAUAGUUCCAUUUAGUCCUCUUGGUCGUGGUUUUUUUGCUGGCAAAGGAGUUGUGGAAAGUCUGGCCACAAAUAGCUCCUUGGCUCUGCAUCCUCGGUUCCAAGUAGAGAAUCUGGAAAAGAACAAGACCAUUUACACUCGAAUCGAAAGCUUAGCAAGAAAGCACAAAUGCACACCUGCCCAGCUAGCUCUAGCAUGGGUUCUUGAACAAGGAAAUGAUGUUGUACCUAUUCCUGGGACAACUAAGAUCAAGAACCUGGAUAACAACAUUGGCUCUUUGAAGGUGAAACUUAGAGAAGAAGACCUGAAAGAGAUAUCUAAUGCUGUACCCAUCGAAGAAGUGGCUGGCAGUAGAUGCUUUCAAAACAUGGAUCAUUUUCAAUGGAAGUUUGCUAACACUCCAAAGAAUUGAUUGUCUCUACUUUUUUAUAAUCCAAUGUGUUUGUGUUAUGGGUUGAGAAUUAUGGGGAUAGACAAGAUCAUAGAUCGAGGUCUGCAUGAAUAAGAACUGAAGUCUUCGAAUAAGCAAAGUAGAAAGAUCAAGACCCACCGUUGUGUAUAAGUGGAGCUGUUUUGUAUGUAACUAUUUGUAGUUGUGUCGUUUAGUUGUAAGUGGAAAUAAAUAGAACGGUGUCGUUUCAUGACUAUCGUUUAAGUCAUCAAAUGGCUGAACUUGUUAUAAAUCUGUGUAGUUUUCAUAACUAAUUCAUGUAAUUGAUUCAUUCUUCUAUAAAAGGUAGUCGUAAGUUUGGAAGGAGGCCAACUUCGA